GAGGCGUGACUUUGCCACUCUAUAGGCGCGUAGACUCGUUACACGCGUUGAAGCGUCGCGUUAGGGGCGACCCGAAGUCACUGGGAGACAGAAGCAGAAAGAACAAAGAAGAAAUGGAAGACGCACUGAUUUUGGCGGUGUAUGGUCAAUCUGUCCUGUACGACAACACGUUGGUGUUUUACAGAGACAGAAUUAAAAAGCAGCAGGCGUGGCUCGUCGUGGGCGAGGAGACGGGGAUUCCUGUGGAAGUAUGUCGCAGGAAAUGGAAGUCCCUCAGGGACAGAUACAUCAGGGAGAAAAGGAGUGAGAAAGAGGAGGGGAAAAAGAGCGGGUCAGCGGCAAGGACAGUGAAGAAAUGGAAGUUCUUUGCGCUCCUGUCCUUCCUCGACCCCUUUGUCACAACGAGGGACACCAGCAGCAACCAUCCUCGGUGGGCAGAGAUAGAGGUAAAGAUGGAGGAUGACUGGGCUGCAGAGACUUCAGGGGAAGGAGAAGCAGAUGAGGAGCGUGAUGAGGUAGCAGCAGCAGCAGGGCCAUCGCACAAUACAGAUCAGCUGUCAGGGAAUGAAUCAGACCCUGACGAUGUUCCUGCUGCUGCUGCUGCUACUCCUGCCCCAAGACCACGCAGCGGGAUGAAGAGGAAGAGAGCCAGUGGGGUACCAUUUGGGAGCAUCCCGAUGCAGGAGGCCAUCCUCCAGGCCCUGCAGAGGGAUGGAGAGUUGUGCGCAGACGCACAGUUUUUUAACGGCCUACUUCCUUCCCUGAAGAGAUUGCCACCAGACGCAAAGGAGUAUGUGAAAUUCCAAAUUCACAAAGUCAUAUUUGACGCCACCCAAAUCAGCCUUAAUUUGGAACCUGUCUAAUCCUGCUCCGGCUUAUUAGCAAGAGUGAUGUUGACAAUCUCUUCAGGGAAAGAACUGGGCUGCUGUCACUAAAAAAUAAGCUGUUUGUGAGAAAGGUAGUUGGUGAGGUAAAUCCUUUCUCACAAACAGCUUUUUUAGGAAGAUGUUAAUGUUCUUGUGUUCUAUUUUAUAUUUAUAAUACAUUGUUCUAUGUUGUUUUGUUAGUCGUUUUUGUAAAUAAACUAUUUUUAAUAACUUCUCUCAAUAUAUGAUUUUAAGAUCUAGCAUG